AGUGGGUCGAGUCUGCCAUCCUUUUUUCGCUCUUCAGAGUCUUCUACUUGCCACUAUCGCCUACGACGAUGACGACGACGACGACGACGACGACGACGAUGAUGACGAUACGCUACCAGAAGGGUCGCAAGAAUAGCGAAGGCGUCCAAAGGUCAUCGUAGUUCGAACGCUCUCCGAUCUUGCAAGCAAUACCUCUAUUUCUAUCGAGACUACCAUUGCGGUCGCUGCAACCAAAGCCAUGAACUUAUACCUGCAAAACACUCAUGCGAGCAGAAGUCUCUUCGUUCAAGGUUGAGACUCAGCCGCAGCCAUUUGCAGCAAUAGCAGCAGCAGCUCUCUUUCGUAGCGACUCAUUCUUUUUCUCUCACUGUCUUGGUCCGCCUAUCGCUCGCCUCUAGUUCUGGCGGAGAACUGAAGGUUAACGCUGAUGGCUGUCGGCAGACUUUGGACUUCCCACCGAAUUUUAGCGUCAGAACGAAAUGGAUGUUUGUAUGUUCGGGUUGCGGAACAGCCAUCCGGUAAUUCAUUUAUUAUGGCCAAAAGGGCCUCAUCAGUUGGACCUCUCAUUGUCGAGACCGCGAAGUGCCGAUGCCUCGCUUACGGUGACAUUCGAAUUCGAUGUUUGCAGUUGGAUAAUGGAUGAGGACUAGGUGAUGCGCACAUGUAAUAGUAAUCGCCGACUGAAUUGAGUGAGACUAAGUGUAUUAAUAUAGCGUAACAGUACAUGUGCGGCCAUUUUUUUUGUUGUCAAACUGUAAUCAAGCACAGCUGAUUAAUCCUACGGAUAUGGCGCUUAAAACGUACCACGUAUAAGAUUCCUAACCCACCAAUGCUCGUUACGAACACUAGGUGCUUUUUUCGUAAGCUGUAGUGGUUGUACUAAUGGUGUCUGUUUGUUUGCACCUUUCGCAUCGCAUCUGAUGGUGGUAUAAGUAAUAGCGUUUCACGUAGACAGCCUUUCUGUACAGGCACGACCACGUCUGUAGAUGUUACUGAAGAGUGAGAGAAGGAAUUAAAGGCUACAUUGUUUUAUGAUGAAUCAUUUAAUUGCUGGUAUAAUAACUGUUCCUAUUAAACACUCGAGGACUGUGUUAGGAUCCUUCUAGAAUGUCCGGUUUUUAUACAGCUGAUUAUUGCUAUGAGUAUUCAAUGUUGCCAUGACGAUUCAUGCGUACAUCCGGUGAUUGGUGAUCUUUUUUAAAUUGGUAACCGGUUAGCAGUAUACUUCACUUCGACCUCCUUCAUCAACCUGGUUUGCCUAUCAUUUAGCCUGGCAACUGGUCAGCGAUUACCUUUUUAGACUCCGCUCCUGUCUACAGGUUUCCUUCAAAGAGUACUAGAUGUACUUUUCUCGUUUCGUCUUGUGUUUCUUUCUCCUGGCAACCAUUUCGUAUUUUGCACGAUCGUCUUUCUACUCCAUAGUUAUAUCUGUACCAGGUGCCAUCGGCGUCUUGUUUAAUGUGUAUCUCGUUGCCUUUCGAACGAAAGUGUUUUGAUCAAAGGCUGAAUAACUAAUUACAAUCGAGAAGCAUGGAGCGCCAGCUAGAUCCAGCGGGCUUUGGAGCCAACUUUCCUCUACAGGACGCUGUUUUCUUCCGUGAAACCUUGCCUAGUCGUAUGCCAACUCAAGGUCUGCUACGUUUUGCAGAGAAGUGGACGCCGGUUUGCUGUUUCGCGUAGCACUACCGCAACCACUACUAUAGGAUCCAUACAGACCGCGCAAGCCCAUUUACAGGAACUCACUCUUGAAUGGAUUCGGACAAUUUGGGUACGGCGUUGACACAUUUACGUGUGAUACCUUCUGGUCGUCUUGUUUUCGCUCUCUUACUUGAGUAGUAUUCUUCACGUCAUAGGUGGUGGUGGCUGUUUUAUUGGAAACCACUUGUUCGGGUUGCAAUGUGUUCGAUCAAAUUUCGCGUUGGAGCUUACGUACCUGCUAUACACAAGCUGUUGUAGAGACGAGGCGUUGUUAGGAGCGCAGGGGUGAGCGUUCGCGAGGCAGCAGAUAGAGACAGGAUAACAAGGAGACAAGCUUAGAAGAACCAUGGUCAUUAAAGUAGCCAGGGGUGCACUAAUCAGACUUUAGCUCAAUACAAUAAUUCGUUCUGUUCUAUCGUUUUCUGCUAUGGGCCUAACAACAGCGCAAAUAGCAAUCUUUCAUCACUUAGUGUCUAUGCUAGGCCUAGAAGUAACUGCGUUGUAGGUUGAGUCAAUAAUGUUUGCCAACAAUUAUCAGCACGUCUCAUGCUGCUGCUAUCAAGUAGAUACUCGUAUUUGGCAGUGAAAACUCACAAUUAAAAAGUAGCAAAUAGAUCCUGUAUUAUUUAAAUAUGUAUAUUUUUUUCACUCUCUCGGCUCCUUGUCUGAGAUAAUAAGUAAGUCGUCGUCGUCGUCUAUCCACUGGAUGACUGUUUGUGAAAGAAGGAUAAGGGAAAAAAACUGAUGAUGUUGCUUUUUCUCUUGGAAAUGGAUGUCACGCUAUUCGUUCCGAGAGCCAAGACAACGAGCUUGAUGCGAUACUAGGAGAGUUGUGCGCGCUUGGUUCGCAAUUCGAGCGUGAAUUACAUGGGCUUCGGGCUGCCACCGAGGAUUGUCAGGCACCAAUCAGCGUCACGGGCUGGGGAAUGAUCGCAGCUGAGAAGGGUGGUGGACACGUUGGUGCUGCAACUCCCGUACCAAUGGGUCACCCCACUUGCGUCGGAAGUAAUAAGGAGGCUACCCGAACGAUAGUUCCCGCGACCCCGAUAACUGCUAGCCAGAACGUUCGAUCUGCACCCGAGUCAGUCAACACCAUCGCUGGAGCGCGCGGCGAUGGACGCACAGAUAGUCCAGACAAUGAUUCAGCGUUCUCCGAUUCGAUCUCGAUGCUUUCUGGCGAGUCGUCUGCGUCUUCGGGCGCGCGAACUUCAUCGUCACAGGAAAGUGCCAAACGUAUGGGUGGCCAGCCAAUAGGCACUCUAACGGUCAACGAUGAUCUGGCCACCGCAGCAUGUCUCCAUGAUGUCCAAAGGAGCCAGGCGGAACAAGCAGCGCAGCUUAAGGCAGAAAAAAUUAAGAUGGCUUUGCAGAAACUCAAGGAGGCCAGUAUUCGAAAGCUUUUCAUCAAGGUAUUCUGUUCGGAUGGCUCCGCGAAGAGUCUCCUGGUCGACGAAACGAUGUCAGUGGCAUACCUAACUAAGCUGUUGGCCGAAAAAAGUCACGUAUCGAUGGACCCAAAAUGGGCUUUAGUUGAGACAAUACCCGAAUUGUAUAUGGAGCGUAUUUACGAAGAACAUGAGAAUCUGGUCGAGAAUCUUCUACUAUGGACGCGUGACUCAAGUAAUCGUAUUCUGUUCGAAGAGCGACCCCUGAAGUACGAUAUGUUUGCCCAGCCUGAGAAGUACCUGGCCGACUCGGGCACCCAGACACAGUUAGACAUUGACGAAGACCAGCGGACUGGGCUAAUUGAGGAAUUCUUCCUGUCCCCUGGAACGUCCGGCGUCUCUGUGCCGGAGGUUGAAGGCCAGCUGUACCUCAAAGCCGAGGGUAAGAAGCAUUGGAAAAAACAUUUCUUUGUCCUACGAGCUUCGGGUCUCUACUACUGCCCCAAGGGCAAGUCAAAACUGCCGAAGGAUCUCGUUUGUUUGACAACUUUUGAAAUGAAUUGUGUUUACUACGGUGUUGGAUGGAAAAAGAAAUAUAAGGCGCCAAGUGAAUUUUGCUUCGCUAUGAAGCACCCGCAAAUACAGAGCAAGUCGUGCAAAAAUAUCAAAUAUCUAUGCGCCGACGACUUACCAACAUUGAACAAAUGGGUGACUGGCAUAAGGAUUGCAAAAUACGGCCGCCAAAUCAAGGACAACUACGACGCUAUACAACGAGACAUUGUCGAGGCCGACCUUGAGAAACUUGCAUAUCAUCGCUCAUUUUCUGUAUCGUCAAUGGCAAAACAGUUGGCUGUCAGUCCCGACAGUUCAAACUCAUCCGAAGGCAGUCCAAUAGAUCAGAAUGGCCAAGUGCAACACCAUCCGGCCAACCAUAGGCUUCGCCAUAGUACCUCCACUGGCUCCGACUCAACGUUGCUGGCCGAAGCCGUAUCCGAGACCACGCCCGCCGUCCACCAAACUGGCAACGGCAGGCCUAACAGUGAGGUCGUGGCUCAGCUUCCAGCAAAUACAACUCCACAAGCGUCGUCGAACGGCGCGACUACGUUACGACGACGGGAUUCGAUCGCUUCCUCAAGCGGAGGAUCUUCGAGCAUCGGUAGCAUGUCUUCAGAUCGGUCUUCUGUGGCGUCUGAUCCUGCGGUAGCGUUCGAUCUUGACUUUCCCGGUGGCACGAUUAAGCGGAAGCCUAACUUGACGCAGCCGCGACUUCCCCUCACAAACACUACUAGAAGCCUCGUUAAGGACACUAGCAGUGCGAGCGGCGUUAGUGGAGUUGGUUCAUCGCUUGACGAUAGUGCCUCAAUUGUGUCCGGUUCAUCGUUUGGGUCCGGAGGAAGUUUGGGUCGCACUGCUGGAUUGAGAUUCUCCUUGAGAAGGUCCCACACCGACGAGCAAAUGACCGCCACCUUAGCGCGGCUCAAACAACGCCAGCAGCUUAGUGUAUCGUCCCCGACAGCGCCUGUACCUCCUGCUGGUUGUACGAUCGCUGUCGUUAAAGGAGGACCCCUUACUCCUACCAAGGCCGUCCAAUUAUUGCCUAUGCCGCCUGUAGAUGCGUCGAGUCUCGAAGACAUCUCAGAGGCAAGCCAAGCAACGCCCAAGGCGUCCCCGCAGCAUGCUCCCGUCGCUCCACUAACAGCUAAGAAUCUUGAAAAACUGGCCCAAGAUCUUGCUGCACAAUGUCGUACUGAUUUCAAGGUUGUUUCCAUCCCCGAGAAGCCACCUUCAGUCAUUUAUGCCGAGUCCACCUCUUUGAAAGAGCAGUCAACAUCGGCAGCCAAUGUGCAAUCACUAGGUAGUGAUACCGCCUCAUCUCACUACCAAGCGAGCUCCAAUCUGAGUAGUGUUUCGUCCCAACUAGGAAUGAGCAGCACUUCGAUCGACUCGCUGCCUCCUCCGCCGCCGAUACCCCUUGCUGAGCAGGGCUCGUGGCCAUCGGUGUCAUCGCUAAGCUCGUUACCCCCGCCACCGUCGAACCUCACGACACCCACCAACAGUCCGCCACUGUCCAAUCAAGCAACGCCCACCGCAGGUUCUCCGAUGUACAAUAGUGGCAGCAAUCAGGCGACUCCAACGAAUGAGCGCGCACCGCUCUGGUUAACAAGGUCACCUCCAGCUACCCAGAAUGGUUCCCCUUCGGGAUCGCCAUGCCGGUCCAAACCUACCCCACCACGGCGCAGCGAAACAACUCGACUCUCAUCUCCUAGCAGUAAACCACCAAUCCAGAUCCACUUGGGUCAGAAAGAGGAGUUACAUCCCUCACCCAUGACAAGUCCCCCAGACGCAUUCCUCCGUGACCUCCACCGCGUCAUGGACAAGAAGUGGAAGGUUGCUCAAACUCUAAACACGAUGCAAGAUCAUACGCCGCAUCAAAUUCUUGGCUUCCGGGACCCGCGUCUGCUUAGCGAAGACGAGCGCAAGGCCCCUCUUCGGGGUAUUCUCCUUCAGGAGUCAACUUCAUCAUCACCGUCAGGACCUCGGGUACCUAAACAGGUUCGCCUUGACUUGCCGGGCCUUGUUUGUAGCUCGCCGAAGGCCAAGCCGGCGCCACCUAAGCGAAGCGACUCAACUCAAUUGUCGUGUACACUCCAGUCCCCGGCCAGCCCUAUGGGGCAGCAGCGUCUUGGCAUCUACUAAGAUCCAUAUUCUAUCCGGCACGUCCGGGUAAAAAAUCGUAAAGCAUCUCAUCUCGUUUGGCCUAUCUGCCAUCGUCGAAAGCUAGCCGACUGAGGAAUCAGGCAUAGCUUUUCCGACGAGGCAGUAACGGCCCUUAUCAGAGCGAAAUAGGAACACGAAUCUGUCUUUGGUUUUUACGUGUACAGGUAGAUGCAUGUCUACACGAAACAUCAUUGUGUCCCUGUAGGCCCCUCUGUUUCAGCAGCUUUGUCAACUCCAUCUGUUGUUGCGUAGCCGCACAUGUAGUGCGUAGAUUAAGACACAAAGGUGUUGUACAUCAUAAUUAUACAAAACGUUCCCUAAGCAACAAUUUUACAUACGGAGCUGCAGCGUCAACCAUUGUCUGUUGUGUAAUAUGGCACAUUGCUCCUAGUCAAGUGAUGCGCACGGUGCAUUGCGGUGUUCGACAAAAUAACACACUCAACAAUCGCAACAAAACUAUACGAGGCAUUGCCAUCAACCAGACAGAAAGGAAGGGCAGUGUGAGAAUGAGUAAUACUUAGUAAGGCAACGGCAAAUCUGUUCGUGUAGCGAAAUAUUUCAACAUUUGAAGAAAUGGCGAAAAAUGUUAACACUGCACUAAGAUGAAAGAUAUAUUAUUAAUUUGUGAUUAUUGUCGCGCAAUCCAAUCACCGCACAGGGGGACGGACAAAUGUGGGGGAGCGAAAAGGUACCUCAGUUAAUUAGGUUGUAUUUUUUCUAAGAACAGGAUAUUCGCUAGCCCCUGUACCGAACAAGAGAAUAAUCAUUCGUAUAUAAUCGUCUUUGGUGGGUAGCGAUCCGCUAAAUUCGAAUUAGUCCAGAAAAAGAAUUUAACAACAGGGGCUGAGUGGUAUUUAUCUUGUCACAGUACAUUAUGAUGAAUAUGAUAUAACGUUAGAACAAUUUGCUACUUUCCAUUCUCCGAACUUGUGUACCUUGGUACUGGAAGAUAAACGACCGUUGGCUGGAAUGAUAUAGGCAAGAGGUUCCCGGUCAUGACAAGCACUGUGGUACGAUGGUACACAGCGAUGACAGGUACUGUGGUACGAUAUUACACGCCGAUGACACCUUCUGUGGUACGAUGGUACACCUGCGUGUUCUAGCAUAGUCAUAACGCUUUUUUCUAUUACACGUAAUUCAUAGCGUAACAAUGCAGUUGUUUUUUCUAACCAAUUUUUGUAAAAAAUCCCCACAGAGGAAUAUAGUUGCAUAGAUAAAGAAAAACUGCACGCUUACUGGCUGCCAUCUGCUACUGCCAACUAAGACAACUAUUCGUUGGGUGAAGGUAUUACGCGAUGUGGGCGAUACAUUCGCAUAUAUAAUCAGACAAAAAGCGACAAGCAGACCAUGUACGAGGUAACGUAUUAUCGUGCGAAGAUAAUCGCAAACGUUAUUCUCUUUGGUAGUGUGAAAAAUAGUUUUAUCAUGGCAAGGGACAGUAUAGUUAAUAUAUUUAUUACUAUACACAAGGAUUUGCCAAACAGAUGAUGAUAAUAUUGAAACCGGUGUGCCGAGGCUGGGUGAAAUGCUGCUUCUUCGUCAGUGAGGUUCUGGUAUCGACGGCAAGCUUUACUGUAACAUACGCAUAGCAUAGAAUAGAAUAGGUUAUCAUAACGAGAGAUACACAUCGACUGUCGUUUAGCGAGAGCACGUGUCACGCUCACUGACGAGCGUAGGAUAAUGAAACGACGCUGAUAUGAAGAUCAAGAUUUGAAGAGAUAGGUAUAGGCCACAACUAAUUUAUUGUACUUGAUUACAACAUCGUCUCGGGUGAGUUUACCGACGCCAAAACAACGAACUGGACUCUUCGACAGAUUUUUCGCUGUGCGAUAGAAUCUAUCUUUAAUCUAUUUAAUUGAUGCUAGCAGCCUUUCACUGAGACUUUUGGUAUAUGCAAGGUGGUUUUCAGUAUUUCCAUCCGCACCCGAAAAGGAACGAUUGUCACGUGACAAACCGUGAACUCAAUACUGACAGAGACUGUACAUGAGAAACAUGGCCGUCAGAUGAAUACCUUUAAAUAGCAACACGUUGACACUUAUACAGUCACAAACAAAGUGCACAAUACAUAUAUAGGUCAUUCACAGGAAGCUAACCUGGGUUGCUCACGACAACGAGACCUUAAUCCUAAGACUGGACAACAAUAGCGCAACUUAGAUUGUCCCUAAGAUGUUGUGGAAAAGAACAACGCCAACGAUGACUGAUCAGUACGGAACGACGUAAUUCCAUAUUAAUAUAAAUAACACUAUCAACUAUUAAUACAUUAUUAUUGAUCCUAGUAUUAAAUAUUAUCUAAUAUUAAGAAAAAUAACAACGGUAAUUAUAAUUAAAUCUAUUAUUGUUUACAUGUCCCACGUAUACAAUUAAUCACGAAGAGACAAAAAGCUAUAUAUAUAUAUAUAUAUAUGAAAGAAGACAGUGACAAUAUUGAAAGAGCGAAACUACUCCUAAACAACGCUCAUGUGAACCUCACGGCAGUCUGAAGUUCAUUUGGACACGUUUGAAAGUCGAAGCCCUGCAAUACAAAUCAUCAUCUAAUCAAUCGGGAGCAGAAAAUUCAAGACACAGCGAAAUCGACGAGGAGAUAGCUACGUAAUAUAUCAUUGUGUUAGGUGUAGUGAACGGCAAACGACGCAGAAAGUAUAAUCCUGAUAUGAAUAUGAUAUCACUAUUAAUUAUUAUAAUUACUAUUCAUAUUACUAUACUGUGUAUUGAAGCAAAUAACUUCAGAGGAGGAAGAAAUUUGAGGAGAGAAGGCAAAGAGGAAAAGAGCGGAUAUCAAAAGGCGCCCUCGCACCCCCAUUACCUGCCAAUCCCGACACUCACCCUUCAUCAACAUUAAUAUGACCUGCUACGUUUAGCUUAGAUAUUGGAAUUCCGCUAUUGUUAUACGACGACGGGGAAUUACGUAAGAAUGAACUCGUAUGGACGAAUCAAAGGCGUAGCUUUGGCUUGUGCGAACACAUGCACACAUAAACAAAAUCCAUAUAUAAAUUAUUCACAUAAACAUAUGGUAUAACGAGGUAUAUUGCAAAGUAGGUGAGGAGAAGCCGAAUACGGGGCGGUCUCUCUACGUGUAUGUAUGUGUGUGAGUGGCUGUCGAUACAUGCGGUGCUCUGUUAGAAAAGAAAUAAAUGGUGGCAAUUAAAAGCGAAAGCGAAUCGAUAGACAAGACUAGAGUAGAAGAACGAAUGUUUGACCGAACGAGAAAUGGAAGGUGACAUAGGAACAUGAGAAAGAUAUGGAGAAGUAUGGAAUGGUGAUGAUGGUUACAGGCUAGCAGACGAAAAGCGAUUUUAAAGACGAACGAAGCGAUGCCUAGAUGUUUCCGGCGCUCUGAACCGAACAAAAAAACGGCACUGAGACGCAAAGGAAACAGGAGAUAUUUGCCGUAUAGUCGUGUAGUGCAGGAGAACGGUACGCGUAAGGAGCCGAAUUGGCGCCGGCUAAUAAAUGUAAAUAAAUGCGAUGGUAUCAGUAAAGUUCA